UUUGAGCCCUAGUCACUCUCCCUCUCCCUGUCUCUCUCAACAUGAAAGCGGGAACCAGUCUCAAUUGAAAUACAGCACUGUAAUGAAAAACUCAGUCACCAAACGGGAAUUCGAUCUUCUUCUUUGUAUGUUCUACAACAAGAAAACAUAUAGAUAUUGGAGAUUCCAAGGAAAUGAGAGGCAACACUGCCAAUCGCCGGCGUCCAACGGAGUCUUUUAAUCGGCCACCGCCACCGCCGUUGGAUCACCGGCAGUUUGCCAAGUCCCGCGAUUCCGAUGCGAGUUUCACCAGCGGCCGGCCAUCUUCCAUCGGGGUAGGCCGCCCCUCCACCGCUGCCGAUUUCUACUCCGAUCGCUCGCACCAGUCCUCUGCGCUCCGUUCCGUCAAUGCCUUCCUCUCCUCCCACUCUGCCCCUCUUUCCCUCCGCGCCAACCCCGUUCCCUCUCUCAAGGAAAUCUCAGAGACUCUCAAGUUCCUGCUCUCCUCUCUCGAUUAUCCUUGUGACGCCGCCUCCAAAUGGGAUGAUCACCUCUUCUUCCUUCUCAAAUCCCUAAAUUGUCCCUUCAAAGUAAGCAAAUCUACUCUUCGUGCCCCCAACACUCCUCACAACUGGCCAAGCGUUCUCGCUCUUCUCCACUGGCUCGUCCAGGUUGCUCUUUCUUUUGAGCAUCUCUCCUCCAAUUCCAGGGCCUUUGUGGAGAGCAAUAGCAUGACCGCUUACGCACUUGAUAGUUACAUGCACUACAUCCGCGGCGAGGACGAUCUUGAAGAGGAGUUGGACAGGGAGUUCUUGGGGAAGCUGGAGAGGGAGAGGGAUGGCGCAAAGGAAAACGGUGGGGUUUUGGAGAUGAACGUGACGGAAUUGGAGGCGAAGGCGGAGGCACUGCGGACAGGUCCCUCCGACAGGGAGGUCUUGGAGAAGGAGAGAAGUGUGCUGGAAGAGGAUGAGAAGAAGUUUCAUGCGAUGAUUGCGGAAUUCACGGGGAGGAUUGCGGCAGUGGAGAAGGUUCUGGAGGAGAAGGAGAAGGAAAUAAGAGCGAAGGAGGAGGAGAAGAAGAAAAUUAGUGAGGAAAAUGAGGUGCUGAAGAAGAAAGUAGAGCUGCAGACAUUUAAUGCCAGGGAUGCAGAGAGGAUGAAGAGGGAGUUGCAGGCCGUGGAGAGGGAUGUCGAGGAGUCGGAGAUCGCCAGGGAUGCCUGGGAACAGAAGUCUUGGGAGCUUGAUAGCAAGAUUAAGAAUCAACUUAAUGAACUCGAGACUCUUUGCAUGGAGUGCAAUCAAGCUCUUAGGAGAUUAAAGGUUGAUAAUGGCUUUCAGUACCAUUUGAACGAGAAAGGAUCCACACCCAUGGAGGUUAUGGGCAUCGACUACAAAUCUACAUUGAAGCCUGCACUUGAAUCCUUUGCUGAUGGAUUAAAGAAAGACUCAAUGGAAAAAUUAGAAGAGCUCAUUGCCCUUCAGCAUCAAUCAUCUGAAAUGACUACCAGGAUUGAGGCAAAAAAAAAUCACAUUGCCACUCUUCAAUCCCAUAUUAAUGAAAUGGAAGACAAGUUGAACUCGUGGAAGAAGGAAAUUCAGGUCGACACUUAUAGAUGUGCAGUAGAAGUUAAAAAGAUGAUGGAGGAUGUUCACAAUGAGGCUUAUAAUUUGGAUAUCAUGGAAAAAGAAGCAUCAGAGGUUUUGAAGGCUGCUGAGCUGAAGUUGCAGGAAGUUAUCAAACAAAAUGAGGAAGAAAUUCAGAUGCGCGCAUGUGAACUCUUUGCUUUGGUUGAUUCAGUUUCAAAAUACAAGGAAUACAUGGCAUCCAGAAUUUCAGAGAUGAAAAGUGAACUUGCGGAAGCUGCAGUCACAGUAACAGAUGUUUUUAAGGGAUCCUUAUCAGUACAAGCUGGCGUAGGGAAAGAGACAUCAGAGAAACUAGUUACCUGUGUGGAAGCAGAAGGUGAUUGUACCAUGUGUGCUGAGGAUUGAUUGUGCUGUAGUGUCAUGAGUUGAGUGUACUGUUCCUUGUGAUGAUAAGUUGUUUUUCUGGAUCUGGAUGUUCAUGUGUAACUUGGGGGGAGACAUGAUUUACAUUAGAGCGCCUGACUUUAUGCUAGACUUCUGCCUUUUCGGGUAUCCUCGGAGCUUGAGCAAGUCUUUACAAUAUGUGUAGACAUGUUAUAAUUGGAACACGAAUGUAUAUUAGAAUUUGUCUUAGAACAUUGCUCUAAAGAAUGUUCUUCCAUUUUGCAAAGAGAGCAUUAAUAUUUCUCAUUGUUUGUUUCUCUAUUACUGAAAGUUAGAGCUCUAUUAAUUGUACUGUC